AUGCCUGCGUUCUCUUAUCUUCUUCUCGACAUCGAAGGUACCAUAACAAGUAUUUCGUUUGUAAAGGACGUACUAUUCCCAUGCGCUCAUAAAGGAGUAGAACAAUUUCUGCGAGAGCAUUUUGAUGAUGAUAAUUUGACAAAAAUAAUAGAUGAUAUCCGAGAAAUUUCCCAGCAAGAAUCAAGAUUGGAUACUGGUAUAAGAACGGUGAGAACUAACAAAGAGGAGUGCAUUGAAGACGUUACCCGUAAUGUGAGACACUGGAUUGAUAUCGAUAAAAAGGUUACGCCCAUGAAAGCCUUGCAAGGUUUGAUUUGGGAGGAAGCCUACAUAAGAGGAGACGUCAAAGGACAUGUCUACCCGGAUGUGCUACCUUCGCUGAAGGCAGUGUCUGUACCCGUUUAUAUCUACUCCUCUGGGUCUGUGCUAGCUCAGAAGUUGCUGUUCAAACAUUCUGUGGUCGGAGAUAUGACUAAGUUAACGCCUAUGAAAGCCUUGCAAGGUUUGAUUUGGGAAGAAGCCUAUAAAAGAGGAGACGUCAAAGGACAGUGGGUAUACGAAAGUUCUUUUCCAAUAAGAUAUAUUUGCUUAACCCACUUAUGUUCCAGUGUUUACCCGGAUGUGCUACCUUCGCUAAAGAUGUUGUCGGUACCCGUUUACAUCUACUCCUCUGGGUCUGUGCUAGCCCAGAAGUUGUUGUUUGAACAUUCUGUGGUCGGAGACAUGACGAAGAUUCUCUCCGGUUACUUUGAUACCAACGUCGGACUCAAGGGAGAUUCACAGUCAUACAAGAAGAUUUGUGAACAGAUAGGAGCAGCUGCUUCCGAAGUUCUAUUUCUUACUGAUGUGGAAGCAGAAGCAAGAGCUGCUAGAAGCGCUGGGCUGCAAACGAUGCUUGUCGUUCGAGAAGGAAACGCACCAUUGUCAGAAAAUGCAAAACAGGAGUUCAAAAUAAUUUAUUCGUUGGAGGAACUGAUACCCAAAUGA